CAAGCAAGGAAGAAUGGCCGACAUAGAACACACCAGCGAAAGCGCACCAACGUCGUCCUGUUCUACGACAAGUCCGCUGCCUACCGCCUCGACAGCGACUCCCCAUCGCAGCAGGAGCCACCGGAAGCGGAAGAGGCAACUGAAGCAGCGUACCGAUGAGUUGUCUCAUUCCAAGCCGGUCUCAGCCAUCAUUCCUGCUUCCGUGGAAGAGCCAAUAAGUUGCUCAUCGCCCAGAAGCAACAGCGAAGGCACAAACGCCGACACGCACAGUGCUAAUCCACGAGAAGACGAGCAAAGCGCUGCAGACGCCGUUACCGCCGCUGCUGAUCAUGCUUCGCCUUCUACCGGGCCACCCAUCGCCUACGACCAGCGUGCCACGCCUCUUGAAUUUUCCGAGGACGCAACGAGUGACCAAUCCCGGAGACCAGCGGCCAAUCCGACGCCGACGACCAACCUGGUUGCGGCCAACAGCAGCACUAGCAGCCCCACGGCAUCACCCGACGCCGCACUGAACAGAAUCAGUGACUCAGCCCUAGCGUGCUCGCCAAUUGCGGUCAUUUGUGCACAGAAUCCUGCAAAAGCACCACCGCUUCACGGCACAACGCUUGAAAGCCAGCUCCGGAGUGGCUACUCAAGAAUUAGUACAAUGUCUGCUUUAUACAGCAGUGCUACAUCACACGAGUUCCAGCGUUCGGCGCGUGACCGACAAAGUGGGCGACACGCAGGAACCAUCUGCUUGCUGUGCAUCGCCGUUGGAGCUCUUACAGCUUCGGUAGCGCUGGCGCUCCUAAUGUUCUGGUGGCGGGCGCAGGACAUGGCCGAACCGUGCGUCGACUUCGACUGUCAGCUGGCGAUCCGCUAUCUCUGCUCACUCGUCGACUCCGACAUCGAGCCCUGCGAAGAUUUCUACGGGCACGUCUGCCGCAAGUGGGACGCGGAAGAAGGCGGACUCAGCUUCGUAGACGCUGCAGUAAGAGACCUGGCCCUAGCCCUCAACUGGACCCUCCUGAGUAUCGGAGCUGGACGGGAGCGCUACUACGGCGCUGCAGAUUUCGUACGCUUCUAUGCUUCUUGCCACGCGUUCCUUGCGAGAACUGGAAGCCAUGGUUCCCGAGAAGAGAAGAUCAAGUUUCCCCUCGAGCUGUUCGCCAACGAUUCGUCGAUCUUGCACUUACGAGACGUGGCAGAACUUCUGACUCGAGUGGUCGUGCUUUCGCUUACCAGGGGAAUUUCCACAGCAUUCGGAGUCAGUCUGGUGCGGCAUCGUGGUAACGUUGGUCUCUACCUAACCCGGGGAAGGAGUCUGGCCGAUAAGCUGGGCGAAAGAAACCAGACUAGGAUGCUCGUCGGUUACCUGCGACCGCUGUUUGAUACGAUCAAGCUGCACUUUCUGGAAAAUUCUACGUGGCUGAACCUCGAGGAUAUGGUCGGCGCUUUCGAAGAGUUCGAGUUCCUCCUGAUGCAGCCUGGAAAGCGAUGGCGCGCCACACAAGCUUUAGAGCAGCUCCAAGUUUCGGCCUUGGACUCCAUCGUCGGAGUCGAUAGCUCAGUCUGGCUUAAUGUUCUCAACGCCGCCGCAGCUACAAAGCCACCGAUGACACAGCAUAGCCUGCUGCUUGCUGAUUGCCUAGAAUGCCUGAACUCCACGGCGCGCUCGUUCGCUGCUCGGGCUCAAUACGCCGCGGUCUACGUGUACUCCCAUGUGGCGACGGAGAUCGGCCGCUUCAUUUACAAGAGGAACGAACUCGCUCCGAAGAGAACCGCCAACGCACCGGUGGCGUGUCUGUCGGCCAGCCGGGACGUGCUGCCGCCCGUGUGGUCCCACCUGUACAGCAACCUUAGCUACAGCGCCGCUUCAGCCGAUGCGCGUACCGCCGACAUCUUUGAGCGGGUACUCCACCUCGCCUCUAAAACACAGGCCGCGUCGAGCGUCUCCAUCGGCGGCGUCGAGCACCAGGCAACCACAGCGCUCUCUUUUCCGGAGGUGUCCACGGCGGAUCUCUUCUUGUACAAUACCACAUUGGAACCGGUGUCUGGCAUUCCAGGUGGCUUGUUCGACGGCAUCGAUCAACAGGUGUGGCAGAACUUUCCCGCGCUGUAUCUCGCAGCGAGAGAGCACGAGGCCUCGAGACGACUGCGAGAGCCAGUAACGGCGCACUACGCCGUCGAGAGCGCGCUGCUUCUCAGGGGCCACGUGACGUACCAGCCUCUUCGACGUGCCGUGGUCGUUCCGGCGGCCAUGCGCCGGCUGCCCAUGGCCUACCCCGAGAGUGUCCCCGUCGAGUUCGAGAUGAGUACGACGGGAACGCUGCUGGCGACCGAACUGUCUCGCAUAGCCGCAUUAUCGCAGUUCUCCCUCCAAACGCCCUGGACGGAGUGGUAUCGAAAGAGCGUCAAUAGACUCGCAAAUUGCACCGAGGACAUCGUCGUAGCGUCAAUGAAGAGCGUCGAGAACGAGCACGUCGAGAACGACGCCUUCGAGUUGUACGUGUGGAGCCGCGCGUUUCACGUGACCUUGGGCGCUCUCCGGGGGUACUACCUGCCCAAAAGCACCCGAGGCACGCCUGGCUCGCAACGCUGGUUGUUGGCGCUGCAGACUUUCUUCAAGCGCUUCUGCCUACUUUCAUGCGGAGCAGGAACCUUGGGCUCGGGCGUGGGACGCAAGCUGCGCUGUUUGCUUCCCGCUUUGAGCACAAUGGAGUUUCGCUAUGCUUUCGGCUGCAAGAAGUUCCGCAGACGGGCCAGGUGCUUGAGCUAGUGGCAUCUGGGCGAUCAGGGGCCUCUGCGAAAGACGGGAAAUUCCUCGUGCACAUAAUCUCCAAAACGCACUUCUUUAUGUUUCAGAUUAUUAGCGGUUACUUUAUUAUUAUUCAGCUUGGUCGCUUGCCUUCGAGCAACAAAAAUCGCAAAAGGUUACCUGCAGAAAUGCCUGUGACAAGCGAAUAACAUCUGUCUCACGUAAUUAACUGGUUGAUUGACUGAUUUUAAGGUAUGAAUGAAAGACAAGGACUAUAACAAGCGCAAUAGUCGAGGGCUUUAUACUCUUUGGCCACCUGAAGUACCAAACGCACAUCGAACGCAUAUACGCGAGUGCAUUUGCAUCCCACCGUUUUUGGAAGGCAGCCACUGGAAUCGAAGUUGGAACGCCAUGCUCUGCAGUAGACGGCCCGGACUACUGAGCUUCCGAGACAGGCAUCACUACGACGGACAGCUCCACAGUAACCAGCGUCAAUGGCAUGGAACCACUGUGGGCCUGUACUUUGAACAUGAACGGCUGUUACUGUAUCCCAGACAGCAAACACACGUGUACACAAGCGCACACCCCACAUACACACGAAAGACUUCUGUUGAAGUUUAUCUUGCAUGUUUUCGAAGAUAAUAGCUUUUUGACAACACGCUUAAAUAAGACUUAUGUUUGGCUGUGCAAAG